UAGGAAGUGUAACAAUUAGUUGUAAAUAUGCGUGUGUCACUUUAAGAGUCUUCGGCCGUCUCCUUGAUAUUAAUAGAGCCGCAGCUGUGUGUGUGUUGUCUUCCUCCUGUGACGUAAUCUCCACAGCAAAAUUGCCAAGAGAUGUCCUGUCACCGCAAAACGACAAACACCACUCUGAACAAAAUGACAACAACACGAGUCACAACAAACCGGGAGCUUCUCCGCUUCCGCUUGCCGUGGCGACCCAACGACGGGCUCGCGGUGGCCGAAUAAGGCGCUCUUAACGCGGGGGCCGCGCGACUGAACGACACUCUGAAAGUCUGCAACUUAGCAGACGGUGUUUUGCAUGCUGCCGACGAUCGCGUAGAAUUAAAAACUCUCUUGGUUCUUGCAAAAGGACAAAACCCCCACAAAAGAGCCACCUUGCAGGAUGCAACAACAACAAAGAGACAGACCGCCUGCUUUAGCCUCCAUCUUUAGCAUGCUAGCACGGAGCUAGCUCGUCUGUGAUCAACAGGUUGUUAAAGUAGACAAGUGUGACUAAGAACCGACAAGUCAAAGACCUGGACCCUGCUUUUAAAACCUCUCCCCGGGAUCUACACGCCGUAAGACCACCAGUGGACCUCAGUGAGUGGAUGCUAUGUGGAGUUUAAGACCCUCCUAAAAAAGAAAAAGAAAAAAAACAGAACCCGAAGGUUUGGCCGCGAUGGACCUGCGUCUUCGACAGCGGCCCUGCUGAGAAAGGAGCGGAUGGAUUAGCCCGCUCGGUUUCUGCUUCCCAUUACCAGACCGGCGUACAGCUGCUGGACGGACCUCCGGGGCCCAACUGAGCCGCUUCAAUAGAACCGAUGCCCAGGCCCGGAAUCUGGCAGAAUGUUUUUGUAACCUGAUGAACAGCAGAGAGAUGGUGAGGAAGAAGAAUCCCCCUAUCCGGAGCGUGGGAGGUGAGGAAGAAGAGGAGGAAGAGGGGAGGAGGCCGGCGGGCGAGGAGGAGGAGGACGACGGCGAGGAGGAAGGGCGAGUGGCAGCCGAGGCCGACCGGAUAAGCCGGCCCUCCGAGCCCGAGGAGUGCGUCCGAGGCGGAGAUGAGGAGCAGGACGAGGAGGAGGGAGAAAGUGAGUGCAUUUCCUCAUCUCUCUCGCCCUCGUCUGUCGGCACCGAGGAGCGAGGCGGGAGGCGGGGUGGAGGCGGAGGCGGAGCGGGCAGGACCCCGCAAGCAGGACCCAGACCCGAGAGCCGGUCGGACCCUGAGGACGGCGACAAGGCGUGCGAUGAGGAGGAUGAUGGCAACCUCGCCUCCCCUCGCCUCUCCACGCCGCGCCUCCUCCCAGCGAGGCAGGAGCCGGGAGGCGAGGAGUCGACCAUGGACACGCCCCCGCUCUCCUCCAGCCCCUCCCCCAAACUCCAGGACUUCAAGUGCAACGUGUGCGGUUACGGUUACUAUGGCAACGACCCCGCCGACCUGGUGAAGCACUUUAGGAAGUAUCACCUCGGCCUGCACAACCGCACACGGCAGGACGCUGCCCUCGACACACACAUCCUGGCUCUCCACAACAUGGCGCCCCCACACACACCUCUAGACUUCCAGGCUGGACAAGGACCCAGGAACCAAGCCAAAGAGUCUGGCAAGAGCAGGUCGGAGCUCCACAAUCAGCAGCACAGGACUGUGAUGAUGAAUGGCACAUACGACGUCCAGGUGACGUUGGGCGGCACGCUAAUCGGGAUCGGCCGCAAGACCUCGGAUUGCCAAGGCAACACCAAGUACUUCCGCUGCAAAUUCUGCAACUUCACCUACAUGGGAAGCAAUUCCGUGGAACUGGAGCAACACUGCCUGUCCACGCAUCCCAAUAAAGUCAAAACCCCGCCGGCCACGCCCCUGCUGGCCAACGACAACCAGGGAAAGGGUAGGAGCCCGAUUUUAGAGGGGGCAGAGAGAGUGGCCGUUCGAGCGGAAGACGACUCCCUUGUCGGGUAUUCCAUCCCGAUCCGGGCGGAUUCGUCGGGGUGGCCGGCGGAGGGGCCGCGGGGGGCGUACUACUGGUGCAAGUUCUGCAGCUGGAGCUGCGAAUGGACGGGAGGGUCGGCCCAGCUGUUGGAGCACUACGAGCACCGACACAGGAUGAACGCGGGGAGCCCCAACGACUCCAACCCUGGAGACAGAGGAAGCAGAAGGGAUGGAGAGCUGUCCAAAAGUCGCAAGGAUCUUUUGUCCAGCACCAGCCAAGGCGAUCUCAACAGCGGCGACACGGAAGCGGUGGUCACGAGCUACAACUGUCAGCUGUGCGACUUUCGCUACUCCAUGGCCCACAGCGCCGACGUGAUCGUGGUGGCGCCGUUGCUGCUGCACUACCAGCACAACCACUCCAUCCACCGCUGCUGCAUCCAGCACUGCAUGUACUGUCCGCGGGGGCUCUGUCAGCCGCAGAAACACCUGGGCGAGGUGUCCCAUCCGUUUGCGUGCCGGAAGCCAACCUGUUCCAAAUGUUGCGCCAAGUUCCCUCUGUCCACUAAGCAGCAAGACACAGGCGGUUCCACCCCGCCUCAUCCCAGAAGCGACCCCAGUGUGACCUUUCACCCGUCUAAUCCUGUUGUCUCUCAAGGCUCAGGCGUCACCCACUUGUGCGACCAGUGUGCCUUCGCCACCGGCGACAUCGACGUGCUGCUCCAGCACUACGACAGCUGCCACAGCCUGAUCAACCUGAAGGGGGCGGCGCCGCACGUCAAGGCGGAGGGGGAGGCCGGACCUGACGGCAAGGACGAGGGCCGAGGUGGAGGCGAGAGGGAGUACUCGUGCACAAAGUGCCACUUCAUCACGGAGGUGGAGGAGGAGAUUUUCAGACACUACAGGCGUGUCCACUCGUGUUGCCGCUGCCGACACUGCGACUUCACAGCCCCCGACUCGUCGGCGCUCCUGGACCAUUUCAACACGGCCCACUGUCACGAAACCCCGCCUCCGCUGAGCUCAAUGGUGACACCGUCCCUGACAUUCUCGGCCAACGGCUGCUCGGCGCCCUCCACCUUAGCCAUAAAGGAGGAGAGCAAGGGGGAUCUUCGCCUGCUGUACUCCCUGGCGCCGCCCGAGGGACGCCUGGCUGAGGGGGGCCGGGAGGAGAUCAUAAAGAGUGAGGGCAGCGAGGAGAAGGAAAGAGAGCGGGAGAAAGGCUGGGUCCUGGGGGAGACGAGAGGCGGCGAGCAAGCCCACGGUCUCCUCUGGGUGCCUAAGGAGCGAAUGGGACCCGAAAGAGGGGCGGAAGGCGUGAGCCCCUCGCUUUUCCCCUCCCCUCUGUCAGUGUCGUUUAUUUCCGGCAACCACGAAGCCUCGCAGCAUAAACGAGGCGUGGCCUCGCCUAGCAUGGUCUACCUGGGAGAUACCAAGUCCUUUAUGGGAGACGCCAAGCUGUACGGAGGAGGGGGGCGGCCUGGAGGCGGAGCCACCACCACCGCUAUGGGAGGGGAGAAACUGAGCCAGAUACCGCCUCAGCAGCAAUACACAGGAGGAGGGAGUGGAAGUGGGGGAGGACAGGAGGUGAAAGCUGCUAAAGAGGAGUCCCAGUCGCUGUUACGGAGGCGUCGAGGCAGCGGAGUCUUUUGUGCCAACUGUCUGACCACCAAGACGUCGCUGUGGAGGAAGAACGCCAACGGGGGCUACGUCUGCAACGCCUGCGGAUUAUACCAGAAGCUGCACUCGACGCCCAGACCUCUCAACAUCAUCAAGCAGAACAACGGCGAGCAAAUAAUCCGACGGCGGACCCGAAAGCGCCUCAACCCCGACACGCUGCCGCCGGAAAACCCGGCACCCAAGCAGCAGCGCGUCUCCGGCGAGGAGCGCGUCAACGGCGACGAGUCGGGCGACAGGAGCUGCUCUUCGGUCAAAAGCCAGCAGCCGUCGCCUCGCUCUCGAUCGCCUCGCUCCACGCAGGCCUUCCUCGCCAACCAGACCCUGGAGAUCCACAGGCGCAUGCCGCCUCUGCUCCUACCCUCGCAUCCGCCCUCUUUGCUGGCAGCUGAGGGCAACGGGGGUGUCGGGGAGGGCGGCGUGCUGACCAAAAUGGAAGGGAAAGGGGGCGGCAGCUCGGAAAGAGGGAGCCCGAUCGAGAAGUACAUGCGACCAUCCAAACCCUCCAGUUACUCCCCUCCCGGAUCCCCCAUUGAGAAGUACCAGUACCCCCUCUUCUCCCUGCCCCUCCCUCUCACGCUCUCCCCAGACUUGACCCCCGAGUCCGACUGGCUCCGAUUCUGGACCAAGUACAAGAUGGCGGCCGCCUCCGGCCUGGGCACGGGAAGCCUGGCCAACAGCUACCUGGGCGCCAUGGUGACGCCGGUGCAGCAGCAGCAUCAACCGAGCUACCAGGUGCCUUACUGCGCCUCCCCUUACUCGCCGCUUCCUCCACCGCCGGCCCCCGCUCACUACCCAGCCCCGCCCCUUCAUCCCCAAACAUCCUCCUCGUUAGAGAGCGAUGCCCCCUUGGAUCUCGCCACAAGACAACGAGAUGCCGCAAACUGUGUGGAAAAGAGGAAGCAGGAGGAGAAGUCGAGGGGCAGCCGGAAAGGAGAGGGGGACAGCGAGGAGGAGACGGCGAGUUCGAGGACCACGGCGGACGUGGCGACACAAGACGAGCCGAGCAACCGCUGCCUCCACUGCGGCAUCUACUUCCUGGACGAGGUCAUGUACGCCCUACAUAUGAGUUGCCACGGCGACCAGGGGCCAUACCAGUGCAGCUUCUGCCUGCACGCCUGCGCCGACCGCUACGAUUUCACCACGCACAUCCAGCGAGGCCUACACAAGGACAGGAAGCCUCGGGACGACGAUGACGAGGUGACGCCGGAGGAAGGCGAUCGCAGCGAGAUGGACAUCGACGAGCGAGCUAAAGACUCUUCGGCCCAUGACGCCACGGACGCUAGCGAGGAGGCCGGCGACCAGCAGGAAGCAGCCGGCGUCUGUGGAGAAGUCACGGAUGCCGCCGCAGAAGUCCCGCCUGAAGCGGCGGACGAGGACACGGAGGCGCAUUAAUGCCUUCAUCGGACAGAUAAGCUGCAAGCUAGUGCGUGUCUGAAUGGAGAAACCCAAUCCCAAUGCUGGAAGCACUCAGAAUCGCCUCACGGGACCUCGCAACUGCUUGAACACUUCACAGCCCGGAAGACGCGGUCCACUUUUCUUUUUUUUACUAAUUCUUUCUUAAAGUCUGACUGUUUUUCUCUCUCGUCUCUCGGUACAACCAGAUUUAAUCUGGUCGCACGUUUUCUCUGCUGUGCCAAACCAAAUUGGACUGGUGGAAACCAGAAGCAUCAGCUGGACUCCAGCACCAAACCCACCUCCUCCUGGCCCCAAAUCCAAGACUACCGGUUCAGUGUGGAUGCGGCUUGCCUAUGAACACCAGUGGAAACUGGUUCCCAAUCGAGCCAGUAUAAACUGGCUCAAACCGGCCAGUAUAAACUGGUUUAAACCGGCUGGCUGCCUGAUGAAACCGGUGCAACCGUCCGGGUUAAAAAGAAAAAAACGCGUCUGGAUACCCGGGAUUGAAGCGUUCCCUAUCGGAACCAAGAGACUCCUUGUUUUGUAUUUCCCUCCGUGCCAUGAUACUCGCUGCGUGCCUGGCUGCCUGCCUGCCUGAUAGAACAUUCUAUUAACCUGCUUAACAUUUGUAUCCAACAAAAGAAGAAGAAUAUUGUAAUAGUACGACAACAUGCAAUUUCAUACACCUUUCUUAUAUCAUGUGUUCUUUUCUAAGAGGCUUUUUUCCAGGACUUACAAAAAGUAGUGUUACGUUACAGAAAUGGUACAGGAAAAAAAAAAGUGUGUGUGUGUUGUAUGAUUGUGUGUAAGGGUCAAAGGGCGCGUCCGUCCCCCCCCAUCGUGGAUGGAAACAUAAUGAAGGUUUGCUAUUUCAGUCCUCAGGGGUCACACGUGUUGCACACCAGCCUGCCUACUUUUUUUAUUUUUUUUAAUGUAGCUUCCAUCAUGUUCUCACUUCAUGUUGUCAUCCCGUAACUCGGCUCAGUUCGGUACUGAACCACGCGACUUGCUUAUUUAUCCGCCGCCUGUUGGAGAAGAGCUAUUUUUCUACUGUUUACAUUGAAAAGUCGUGACGUGGCUUGUUGGGUGGUUUUGUUGUUUUGUUUUUGAACCCUGCCUUGCUGCCUUAGUUGCUAGUGAACACAAAUCAGCAAAAGAAAUGAAGGAAAAAGCCUUAGAAUAUUUUUCUAUCCACGAAAGGUGUCCCGCCUAGUGCCUGCUAACGUUUUUGUCUGCUGAACGUGUUUGUGUCUUAAAGGUACGUCACGAUGUCAGACGUCGUAAUCAUCAGUCGUCAUUUACGAUGAACUACAGUCAUGGCUGGAAAUGACAUAAGUGGCGCCCCCUGUGGGUUGUGGUCAAAAUGCUUUGGAAGACAUGCUAGCACACGCGUGGCACGGCUAGUUUUAUCAUCAUGAGACCAAUGAUCAAUGACUUGCGGACAAUUAGUAGCUAAGUAAGUCAUGUUUUGCCUGAUGGCGGCCAUGUUUUUCCACCAAUCAUGCUCAAAUUUGACACACACGUGCUUGUCAGUCCCCUAAACGUGUGUACCAAAUUUCGUGGUGAUUGGGUUAAAGAUCCUAAACUUACAAUGACGGUUUUGUACAGCGGUGCGAGAAUUUUCAAGUCAAUCUGACCACCGUGUGGUGUAUUUAUCUGAAAAAUAAUAGCACAGGCAACACACGGGGGCCGCGCGUUUUGGCAAAUUUUCACCCUUUUGUGAGCAGCGGUUCCGGAGUAGAAGAGUUGGCUUACACCAGGGGUGUCCAAAGUGUGGCUCAGGGGGCCCGUUUGCGGCCCCCAGCUGUUUUUUUUAUUGGCCCGCGGCACAUGCCGAAAAUAUAAUUGUACAGGAAAACUUAAAGAAAAAACAACAGCAAAACAUGGGAAAAUCCUUCUACGAGAAUGAAGUGGAAAUAUUAGGAGACAAGAGAAAAAUAUGAUUUUAGUAUGAUAAAGUUGAAAUGUUGAUGUUAUGAAUUGGAGCCUAACUGGUUUGUGUGGAGGCCCUGCAGCAGAGGAGUUGACAGGAGUGUAGAGGAGACUAUAGGGGUGUUAUUCCAGGCUCCAGGGCUCUACUCAUGGUUUAUUAGAGCAUAGAUUCAGGAAGUCAUAAACAGGCUUCCUGUGCUCGAACUACGAAAAUAUUCGAUUUAUUGACAUGGACUCCUGUAUUGAUCCAAUUGGUGCAGUAAUUCAUUGAAGUCCAGGCGGUUCAAGUCCAACGAAAUGCUUAGAAACGGAGGUUGAUCGAGCCUUGGCCGUUGGUGCAAGUCAUACCUGCAGGGGUUCCCACUUCUGGAGGACUUGCUGCCUCCUCUGCAUAGAAGCAGUGUUGGGAACACACUACAGUGGUACACCACUGGUACUACUACAGUGGUACACUAGUGGUACUACUACAGUGGUACACUACAGUAGUGGUACUACUACAGUGGUACACUAGUGGUACUACUACAGUGGUACACUACUGGUACUACUACAGUGGUACAGUAGUGGUACUACUACAGUGGUACACUACUGGUACUACUACAGUGGUACACUACAGUAGUGGUACUACUACAGUGGUACACUACUGGUACUACUACAGUGGUACUACUACAGUGGUACACUAGUGGUACUACUACAGUGGGACAAUUAACAAUGGAUAUAUCUAUAUAUAUAUAUAUAUAUAUAUAUAUAUAUAUAUAUCCAAGUGGCCCUUGCAUCCUUUCAUUUUUCAGUAUGUGGCCCCCGCUGGGAAACGUUUGGACACCCCCGGUCCCCACAGACAAGCACACGGUGGUGUAAAAGGAGCUGCCGUGGAAGCAAGAUGGCGCCACUCAUGUCCUCACAAGGAAGCGGUCUUGCCGCCGACGAGAGUGACGUGAGUUUUGCAAAAGAGCUUUUGUUUCCUCGGCUAAAAAGCGCCCUGAAACUUGUUGUCGUGACAACCUGGUCGAAAAACACACUCAAAAAUCCUCUUGCAGGAAAUGCUUUUGUUUCCUUUCUGUACGUUUUUGUUGUUCUAAUGCGACGCUAAGGAAGGGAAUGUGUUCUGGAUGUUCUUCUCUGCAAUGAGAGAGAAACCAUGACAAGGAGAAAAGGCGCCCUGUUUGGAAUUCAUCUCACAUCAUUUUAUGAACGACUCAUCCUUCCUGUCUCGUGGCUGAGACGCUCAGCCCCCCCAGCCAAGGCCUGGUUGAUAGCAGAUCAGUGUCGCCCACAAAUGGACAGCGGGAAAUUUCCUGAUCAUUGGGACCGCCUCCACAGCUGGCCGGUGAGGAAGAGGAACUCGGCUUCACUUAGAAGAUGGCUUGGACCUCGCUAGGCCUCGGCCUUGUAGAGGAGAAUGUCCAGCACAGAGCGGGAAAAUAUUCCCUUCCUAACACCGCGUUCACUGAGAAAUUGCCAAAAUGUGCAAAAAGCCCGAUAUUGCAGUAAAAGAGUCUUGCUUGUGUGCUUUGAGCAAUUGUUUAGGGAAGUGAAGCUUUUCCGAAUAUUUUGUCGUCAUUUGAGUGCGUUGCUUUUGGUACAAAAUGCCACCAAAUCGUCGCUAGCCGACCUAGCUUCCACGUUUCAGCGCCGAGAUUUAACAAACAUGGCAGUUUUUGGUUCUCUCUUGCGGUUUCCCUCCCAAAAAGGCGUUUCUCAUGUAAACAAGCGGCCAAAACGACGUUUUUACUCAUUUUUGUCAAAACUAUGACUAACGUGCCCCAUGGGUUUGCCACCUCCGUCCCGUCGAAUGCGGUGGUCUUAAAAAAAUAGCUUCAUCCCAAAGGUUACGUUUAAUUUAGCAAAAAAAAUCACAUUCAAAGCGAAACGCCCGCAGUUGUACUCCCCACAUGUGUAGCUUCUUUAAGCUAACGUGUAGCUUCUCGUCUUUUGUUGUCGUUUCUCCGUCUGCUCAUCUCCUCGGGAGGCUGCUAGCGUCGCAAAUGGGAAUGUUUACGUUUGGCAAAUGUAGCAAAGAAAAGAAGUGGGGAGGGGGGGAGACGGGAGAAGUUCUCUGUCUGCUUUGACUCCUCCCACUUUCCUCUCGUUCGUAAAGUUAGCCUCGAAGCGGGAAGGAACCGUUUCCGACAUAAUUUACGUUGGAUUGGACGGGACUCGUGUCGACAGCGUUUCACGUUUACAUUUAAGGCCCUCGAGUGUUUGAUUUUUGCGUAGCCACGUCGCUGUCGCUCCGUUUCAUGGCAAAGGCACGACGCGAACGCAGCUAGCACGCGGCCAACGGUACGAACAUGGUUUUUUUGUUUGUUUGUUUUUUUGCGACGUCAAGAAAAAGGGAGCUCAACAGGCCAGUUGGUGCCACACACGCACGGGCAAAAUGUACAUUUAAUCCAUUUUUACUAGAAGUUUUGUCUCCUAUUCUUUUUAUUUUAAUAGAAACAGGAUUGUGUUAUUUGUUGUUUGUCUUUUUUCAGAUUAUUUUUCUGUCAUGUCUUAUUUUAUUCUGUUACCAUUCUGUAUGCUAUUGUUAGGUUUGCAAAAAAUGGUAUUUCAAUUAUGUAUUUUUUUUUUUUGGACCGCCAAGAAAAAGUUUGUUACACAGCUAAACUUGAAAAAAUAAUAUUGAUAAUAAUUAAUAAAAGUAACAAAUAUA